AUGUUAAAAGUGCGCAACACGGUCACAAGCAAAGAUAAAGUCACACUUAUUACGUUUUUUACUGACCGCUCCGGUUAUGAUUUUAAAUCACGAUCAAAUUGCGGCUUGGGAGCAAACAAAGUAUGGAUACUGCGGUAA